CCGUGUUAGUUGUCCUGUAUAAUGCAAUCCUCUUCCUUACUUUAGAGCCCUGACUCAAACUCAAGGUCUGAAGACUGCAGUGGUGCCUACACCUCUCUCUGCUCCCGUGCGAGUGCCAUCACGUGGCAAGAACAGGAAAGACUUCAGAGACAGGCAAUUACAGAUAGCCACCAGCACGCGAACUAUCAGGGCUGUGAUGACUGCUCACCUCCAGGAACAGAGUCCCUUCUAGCUGCUGGCAUCUCUGAACUUGGUCAACAAAGCUCCUAAUGACAGGAGCAGCUUCAGCCCUGUAACUUUGCUGAGAGAAGGCGGAGCAGCGUCAGGACGUCACCAUGAUGGAGGAUCACGCAGCUGGCCAGGAGAAGCACAUCCCAUCAGGCUAUCCCCUUCAGAUACCAGUCGAUGAUGGAUCGGAUGAGCCUGUUUCUGAAACAUCUGAUGCUAAGAGCACCCCAACUACGGAAGAUGCCACAGCACCUUUAGUGGAGGAAGGAGACCGCGAAGAUCAGGGUGAUGUCGAACAGCACGGGGAGAUCCCAGAAGGAACCACAGCUGAAGAGGCAGGUGUAGGAGCCACUCCCAACCUGGAGGACCAUGCUGCAGGAGAUGCCACUCAAGGGGAGCCGAGCUCUCCAAAGCCACAGGCAACUGGGCUUCUUCAGCAGCCUCUUCUGUCGCAUGAAACAAAGGCUACAACAGCAGCUCCCACCAGAAUCGAGGUCACUAUCCCAAUCCCCCUAGAUAUGUACCAAGACUCCAGACCAUCUGAGGACAGGAAUGAGCUGUGGGAUCAUCGACGCAGAGAAGGCAAUGGUGUGGACCCAGUGCUGGGAACAAAGGUGUGUCAUGAUGUGCACACAGAGGGGUUGGCAGGAGCAGGUGUCACAGAUGACACCCGUACGAAAGGUGGACCAUCUCCUUUAUGUGUCAGAGCUCCGUUAAAAGAAGAUGCCAGUGAAAAGGAAAGAGAUGAGGACCGUGAUAUCGACGAAACUUCUGAACAGGGUUUGCUUUCCCUGGUGGAACAGCAUGUUUCACCAGGACCUGAAGUGGGCUUGUGCCCAGUGAUAGCUAAGGAAGCUCUUGAGAGAAACGCCUUCAAAGAAAGUAAGGCCAAAGAUGCCCUCGGAGACAUCCCUAGAGAGACAUUUCAUGUUGAUGAAUCACGUAAAACAGGAAAGGAUCAAGAGGAGAGGAGACAGCCACUGAGUGGGGAAGAAGACACAGAUGUCACCCCAUCAGAGCCUUCUGAAAUUGUCUCCCCAAAAGAAGCAGAGCCCGGGGGCAGAGAAGAUUCUGGACCAUUGCUAGAAACAGCCAAGCUGCCUGUUGAGUUAAAAGAUGAUGUAGAAGACAAAGGUGCUCCUUUGGAGGAGACUGUGCCAGAUACAGGAGAGCGCCGGACACCCACGAAGAAAGCUUCUGCCCGCGUUGCAGAUAAAGCUGUCAGUCGUGUCCCUCUCCUGAAAGGUCGCAUUGACAGCAAAGAUAAGGAAGGGACUGAAGCUGAGGACAAGAAACUGAAGAAAUGCUCACCUUCCACUGCCAAACCCCCAGGCUCCAGACCCUCCAUCCCCCCCCACCGACACACCUCUGCUAGCACAACCCCUUCGAAAACACCCUCCAGUCCCGCUUCCACCUCUAAACGAGUCUCUUCUGUCACAUCCCGACUGGCCAGUACAGAAACACAAGAAUCGAAAGCCAAGGGCCCAGAGAUGAGAGGGGGCACGAAGACGGGCACACCGCGGUCUGGAGCCGGGCAGGCGCAGAGGAACUCCACCAACGCCACGCGCAUCCCAGCAAAGACGCCCACAACCCCCAAAACACCUCCCAGCUCCGGCAGAAAGGAGCAGAAAAAACCACCUCCUGCAGCAGCAAAGUCUGAGAAAGGUGAGCAGCCAAAGUCUGGAGACAGAAGCGGUUACAGCAGUCCCGGCUCCCCCGGGACUCCCGGCAGCCGUUCCCGCACUCCCUCUCUGCCCACCCCACCAGCCAGGGAGCCCAAGAAGGUGGCAGUCGUCCGCACACCACCGAAAUCCCCCGCCUCUGCCAAGAGCCGCAUCCAGCCCUCAGCUGCACCCAUGCCCGAUCUGAAAAACGUCAAGUCCAAAAUCGGCUCCACUGAAAACCUGAAGCACCAGCCCGGAGGUGGCAAGGUGCAGAUUAUUAAUAAGAAGCUGGACUUUAGCAGCGUUCAAUCCAAGUGUGGCUCAAAGGAUAAUAUCAAACACAUCCCGGGAGGAGGCAGUGUGCAGAUUGUUAAUAAGAAGUUGGACUUUAGCAGCGUUCAAUCCAGGUGUGGCUCAAAGGAUAAUAUCAAACACAUCCCUGGAGGAGGCAGUGUUCAAAUCGUUUACAAGCCAGUGGACCUGAGCCACGUGACAUCCAAAUGUGGUUCCCUGGGCAACAUCCAUCACAAACCAGGUGGUGGCCAGGUGGAGGUGAAAUCUGAGAAACUGGACUUCAAAGAUAAGGUGCAAUCGAAAAUUGGGUCCUUAGAUAACAUCAGCCACGUCCCUGGAGGAGGAAAUAAAAAGAUUGAGACCCACAAGCUGACCUUCCGCGAGAACGCCAAAGCCAAGACCGACCACGGCGCCGAGAUCGUCUACAAGUCCCCCACCAUCUCCGGAGACGCCUCCCCACGCCGCCUCAGCAACGUCUCCUCCAGCGGCAGCAUCAACAUGGUGGACUCCCCGCAGCUCGCCACGCUAGCCGACGAGGUGUCCGCCUCGCUGGCCAAGCAGGGCUUGUGAUCUGGCACGGCCGGCCCGGGUGGGAGACGACGAGGGGAAAGGAAAACAAAAGAAAGAGAAAAGAAACAAAAAUAAUAAUAAUCUGGCCUUCUUCCUCUGUUCCUUUUACAGCUGCUUCCCCGUCCCCUAACUGGUUAAUGAUUUAACCUGCUUUUACUGUUCAUUCAGCUCUAGCUCCAGGACUUCAACAUCGGUGACACUAUGAGGUACAAAACCUCCUCUCCCCCUGCUCCUCGCAGCGCACAGCCCAUCCCGUCCCACACCCGCUCCCGCGUUCCUGGCUGGGUCCUGGCUGUCCCGGGGCUGCCCACCCUGGCAGGGACUCCCCGCGACCCCCGGGGAAGGGGAUAGAGGGGGCAGCAGCAGCACGGCAGUGACCCGAGCACCCCACACUGCAGGACGAGGUCCUCGGAGGAGGGGGCUACGCUCCUCGGGGGAGGGCUGAGCUCCUCAGGGGAGGGCUGAGCCCCUCUCAGGGCUGAGCCCUUCCCUGCUACCUGGGCUGGUGACAGCACAGGUGGCGGUGCAGGGGGCAGGGGGGCUGCAGCCAGGGACUGCAGGGAGGUGCCUUCCCUUCCCACAUUAAAUUUACCUGCUGAUUCGGAAGAAACCUUUUGUUUUUGCCUCCGAAAGCCGAGAUGUGUAUGAAGAUAGCUGCCAGGUGCCCCCCAAAGCCGCUCCCAGCUCCAGCAGCUGGAGGCUGGCGCCGCCGGGGUGUCCCGCGGCAGGAGGGGUCCCGGGUGCCCCCUCCUCCCCCCGCAGUGCCCCGUGGCCGUGCUGGAACCGCUGAGUGGAUGAGUAGAGGCUUUUCCCCAUCCCUUUGGCAGCCCCUCGUGUUGUAGAGUAGAUUUGUCUGUAUAUGCUUGGGCCGUGCCAGGGUGAUUGUUUUCAUAACGAGCAUGUGUUUUAACAAAGGAGAAUGCUUUUGGUAGUUUUUGGGGUGCCCAGCGCCGGCUCUGCCGUGCCCCAGCCCCGGGCACCGCGCGUCUGCGGGGCCGGGGGCUGCCAGGGGGCUACGCCGGGGCUUCCCCAGGGCUGUGUGGCUCCUGCGGCCCUGGGGCGCUGCAGGAGGGACACUCACAGCUCCAGGGCUGGGAUGGCCCCUGGGUUUGGGUGCAGCUUGUUAACGUUUUUGGGUUGUUCUUCUUUUGUUGUUGUUUCCCCCCCUGCAAGGUCAGUUCAGAGGUCUCGAAAGUGGCAGCUCCGUGGCUCUGCUGUUCUCAUGCCAUUGGCAGCGGCAGGAGACAACCAGGAGGAUGUGAGGGGAAGGCAUGAGGGAGGCUUUAGCUGGUGUGUGGUGGCAGCUCCCCCAGGUUCUGCUCUGGGGGGCUGGAGGCAGCUCCCUGGCACUGAAUUUCCUACACCCCCCCCGCCCCGGGUUUUUCUGGUUUGAGUUGGCAGCAUGUUACCCCUUCAUGGUGUCACCUUCCUGCAGCACUCACCACCACCCCAGCACCACACAAGGGAAAAAGAACUGAUGUGUUCCUUCGUUUUGCUGCUUUCAUUCCUGAGGCAACCUUGGGAGUGUGAGGGGUUGCCCGGGGCUGUGCUGCACCCGUGGCUGUCCCUGCACGCCCCUUCUACAACCAAAGAGCCUGAGAUGCCAUCAGUGCAGCUCAGUGUGCGUCCUCCCUCCCUGUCUCCCCACAAGAGGCACCAGCAGUGGUGGUGCAGGUGGAAGGGUGCCCAGGGGCACAGGCCGUGUCCCCCAGGGCCAUGUUGCAGGGAAGGCUGCGCUUUCCCAGUGAGGGGCUGAAACCCUGGGCUGGCAGGCACUGGGCAGGGAGUCUCGCUGGAGCACGGAGCACAGGUCGUUCUUGGGAUGGCAGCUGGGUGCCACCGAGGCUGUUUCCGCAGGUUCAUGCCCAGGACAGGCAACCCUCCCAGCCUCUGCAGGUGCUGCCGAACCUGCUGCAGCUGCCACGAGCCCUGUGCCAGUGCUGCUGGGCUGCUCUGAGCCGUGCUGGGCUGCUCUGAGCCGUGCUGGGCUGCUCUGAGCAGUGCUGGGCUGCUCUGAGCCGUGCUGGGCUGUUCUGAGCCGUGCUGGGCUGUUCUGAGCAGUGCUGGGCUGCUCUGAGCCGUGCUGGGCUGUUCUGAGCCGUGCUGGGCUGUUCUGAGCAGUGCUGGGCUGCUCUGAGCCGUGUUGGGCUGCUCUGAGCCGUGUUGGGCUGUUCUGAGCCGUGCUGGGCUGUUCUGAGCCGUGCUGGGCUGCUCUGAGCCGUGCUGGGCUGUUCUGAGCCGUGCUGGGCUGUUCUGAGCAGUGCUGGGCUGUUCUGAGCAGUGCUGGGCUGUUCUGAGCAGUGCUGGGCUGCUCUGAGCCGUGUUGGGCUGCUCUGAGCCGUGCUGGGCUGCUCUGAGCAGUGCUGGGCUGCUCUGAGCCGUGUUGGGCUGCUCUGAGCCGUGUUGGGCUGCUCUGAGCCGUGCUGGGCUGCUCUGAGCCGUGCUGGGCUGCUCUGAGCCGUGUUGGGCUGCUCUGAGCCGUGCUGGGCUGCUCUGAGCCGUGUUGGGCUGUUCUGAGCAGUGCUGGGCUGUUCUGAGCAGUGCUGGGCUGCUCUGAGCCGUGCUGGGCUGCUCUGAGCCGUGCUGGGCUGCUCUGAGCAGUGCUGGGCUGCUCUGAGCAGUGCUGGGAUGUUCUGAGCAGUGCUGGGAUGUUCUGAGCAGUGCUGGGAUGUUCUGAGCAAUGCUGGGAUGCUGCCCAUCGUGUCUGCAGCAGCACAAGGGCCGGGAGGGGUGGAAGUGUCCAGCCUUUGUCUCUGCAGCUCUAGGAGCUGUUUUACUGCUGGGGAGGGCCUGGUACAGCCACAACACAAACAGGUCAAGUGAAAGCCAAGAUCCAGCUUGUCACUCACCCUGUUGUAGUUGACUCUGAUGGUAGGACACUGUACUCCAGUCUGUGACUCUGCACCAGUCCAGGAUGGAGGAGCUGGUGCAGUGUUUUUAUCCUCUGUAAAAGGAGCAAGUGGGAGGCCCAGAACACCUGUCACCCCUUGUAACCCUUUUUGGCUGCAGGAUGGUGUGUAGCCGAGUCCCUCCCGGCCCUGCGCCCUGCCCUGUGCCACCCACACACCCAUCUGAGCAGCUCCAGAAGGCCAGGGGCACCCUUGGUGUGCAACGAGCUGCAGUGAGUGAGAGCAUCCCCAGCUGAGCACCCCUCCCUCCCUCCGUCCUGCCCCACAGGGGACAGCCCUGUCCCCCACUGUCCCCUUCCAGCAGCCCAAGCCACAUCCCUGACCCCACCUGACCCAGGCCUGAGGGUUACCACGAGCAGCUGGACAGACUGACCCAUGGCUUUUUCUUUACUCCACACACAUCUUGGUCUGAAAAGGGUUGAAAACCGGCUCUGAUUUAAAACAAAACAACAGAAAACCCAAACCCCGUGUUUCUGCACUCAGAAGUUGUUUGUUAGGACUUCCAGCGCCAGCCUGGCGUGGUGCUGGCAGCCCGGACCCCUGCGGGCGCUGGGGCGGGAGGGGAAGGUUGGAUCUCAGUGUAUCAUUCUAGCUUAGCUUCUGUCUGUGAGUGUCCAUAGUGUAUCGUGCGUUUUAACAACUGGUUUACACUGUUGCCGUAAAAGUGGAUUUGGAAAUAAAGUCAUUACUACGA